UGAAGUCACCUAGAAAAUCUAAAGCAACAAACUAUACCUAAAAUUCUUAAAUUUCGACCCUUUAUAAACACUCAACUUUGUACCAUAUAUUAAUCAACAUCCAAACUCAUCAUCACAAAAUAACUCAAACCUCGUUAAUAUGUCUUGUAAACCUGGUUGGUUUGGAACCUUUAUGUGCCUCUAUUGCACAAUCUACACCAUCAUUUUCUUCUUCAUUCUUCUCUCAAUUAUUUUCUGGAUAAUAAUCUCCCCCUCUAGCGUGAAAUUCCACGUAACCGACGCAACUCUCACCGAGUUCAACCUCACAAACAACAACAAUACAUUAUAUUACAAUUUCAAACUCAACGUCACUAUACGAAACCCCAACAACAACAUCAUAGUCUACUAUCGAAGAAUCACCGCGAUUGCUUGGUACAAAGACAAUAAUUUUGGUUACGUGAGUUUGACACCUUUCGACCAAGGACACAAAAAUACAACAUUUCUUGGACCAAUUGUGUUUAAUGGAAAUACUAAGAUCAAACUAGGGCGUAAACAACUUGAUGAGUAUAGCGAAGAGACGCGUCUUGGGAUUUACAAGGAUUUGGCUGUUGAUUUUGAUAUUAAAAUUAGAGCUAAGUUUGGAAGCUUUUAUAAGAGUGGACGGUUUAAUACACCAGUUGUGCAGUGUCAUCGUUUGAGAGUUCCUUUGAUUUCUGCUAACUCAUCAUCAUCAACAACAUUUUCUUUUAGUAAGAAAAGAUGUAGCAGUGCUUCUUUCUUUACAGAUCGUGAUGCAAACGCAGGAGCUUGAUAUGUAUAAUGAAUAAUUAUUAAAUUUGAAUAUGUAUACUGUUUU